AUGGAGACGGACGGGCAGGGCUGCGCGGCCGCGUGCUGGCACCUGGGCGCGGGGCAGCUGCGAUUUUUGCCACACUCCUAUUCAACACUCGGGAGAAAAAUUGCCGCUCUGUGGGAGAGCUUUACAAGUAAAUCAUUAAAAGAACAUAUUUCCCCUCCUCUGAGGAACAUGCUGAUUUUUUUCAACUUUUUCAGUGCACCAUUUCUUGUGGAUUUAAAGAAACCGGAGUUAAAGAUUCCUCACACAGUGAACUUCUACAUCAAAGUGGAACCGGAGGUGGUUCUGGGAGUCUGGCACACAGUUCCCAGCUGCCGGGGGGGGGCGGAUGCUAAGGGGAGGAGCCGUAGCUGGUAUGAAGCAGCCCUCCACAAUGGCAACCCAAUUGUUUAUCUUCACGGCAGUGCAGAGCACAGAUCACUCCUCUGCAGGGCAGCUCCUCACAGACGUGGGCUAGUUAAGGUGCUGAGUGAUGGUGGCUUUCAUGUCUUGUCUGUUGACUACAGAGGGUUCGGGGACUCGACGGAUAAGCCCACGGAGGACGGGCUGACUGAGGAUGCUAUUUGUGUCUAUGAGUGGACCAAGGAGAGAAGUGGUACCACCCCCGUGUGUCUCUGGGGCCAGUCUCUGGGAACAGGAGUUGCAACAAAUGCUGCAAAAGUUCUAGAAGAGAAAGGGUCCCCAGUUGAUGCUAUUAUCCUGGAAGCUCCAUUUACCAACAUAUGGGUUACAAGUAUCAAUUAUCCCUUGUUAGAGAUUUACAGGAAACUUCCGGGAUUUUUAAGCACGGUGAUGGAUGCCCUGAGGAAAGACAAACUAGUCCUCCCCAAUGACGAAAAUGUUAAAUUCCUGUCUUCUCCCCUUCUUAUCAUACAUGGCGAGGAUGACAAAACGGUGCCUUUGGAAUUUGGAAAAAAGCUCUAUGAAAUUGCACACAAUGCAUAUAGGAGCAAAGAGAGGGUGAAGAUGGUGAUCCUUCCUCCUGGCUUCCAGCACAACUGCCCCUGUAAAUGCUCCACACUGUUAAAAACUGUGAGAGACUUCCUGAGCCAGCAGUGA